CUGCUUACAAAACAUUUCCAGCAUGUGGCGCCAAUUGUUGUCCACUGAGUCUACCGCUUUUGUAACAGUGGCAGUGAAGUGUACGGGUAAACAUUACUGCAGUUCUCUCGAAGAAAGAGUAUAAAAGUCUCACAUUAAGAGAAAGAAUAUGGCGACAAAGCGAGUUAAACGCGAAGCUGUCGUGAAGGCAGAGCUACUUGAAUUAACCCCCAAGGAUCUCAAUGAACAAGUGAGAAAAUCUUCACGAAAUGUCCUGGCACCAAAACGCCUUAAAUACUCUCCUGAAAACAGCCCAGCGGAAACAACCAGGAAGAAGACGAGAGCAAAAACGCCAAAUGUCAAGAAAAACCAGAAAAUCGUCAAAGACAUCAAGAAGGAGGAGGAGAAUAUUGAAAAUAGUGAUGUGGAGCACACAUCUGGUGGACAAAGAGGACUGUCAGAGUAUGAACUGGAGCGUCUGGAGAACAUCAGACAGAACCAAGCAUUUCUGUCUUCUAUCAAUUUAUUUCAGGCAACUGAGGAGUUGAAGCAGUUAACAAGACCAAAGCCAUCACAGAGGGGUAUUGUGAGAUCUCAGGCUGUAGUAAAGGAAGUCCUGCCUGCCCGGAAAUCCCUGCGUCUCCAGAAUAAAGAGGCUGAGGUCCUGACCCUUCCUCCUGAACCAAGGGUAAUGCUGAUCUAUGAACAGUCUACUCCUCCCAAGAAACCUUCUGGUCCCCUGCCCAUCAAUCCCAUCAACAUGGAGGAGGGAAGCAAGCUGCCAUCGCAUCUCAUUCAGCUCUGGUCAGAGGAUUCAAGACAAGAAAAAAAGACUCAACUUGACCUCAAACAAUAUCGUUCAGCCCUGAAGAACAUGAAGAUAUCUGAGGAGAGAGUGGCCAAAGUGGUAAAGGACCGCAUCUUCUCAGCUGCCUUCCACCCCUGCUCCAGCAGCCUUUUAAUGGCUACAGGAGACAAGUGGGGGAAAGUUGGACUCUGGAACCUGGAUGGUGAUUGGGGUGAUGAUGGCGUGCUGCUUUUUGAGCCUCAUACUCGUCCUGUUGGUUGUAUGGCAUUCUCCACAGCUGUCCCCACCCAGCUGCUAAGCCUCAGCUAUGAUGGAUCUCUGCGCUGCAUGGAUAUAGAGAAGGCUGUUUUUGAUGAUGUGUAUGAUAUUGACGAUGGCCUGAAAACAUUUGACUUCAUGUCACUUGACUGCUCCACUCUGGUGGCUGGGACCUGGUAUGGAGACGUUGCUAUCAUUGAUAGGCGAACCCCAGGAAACUCACAUGAAACUCUCCAUUCACUCGACCCUAAGACACUACGCUGUGUCAGCGUCCAUCCUUUACAGAAGCACUACUUUGCUGUAGCAGAAAGCAAGGUAGUUAGUAUUUACGACAGCAGGUGCUUAAAGAAGACAAAGAGCCCAUCAGUCUCCCAGCUGCAUGGCCACUCUUUGAGCAUAUCCAGUGCUUAUUUCUCUCCGAGUACUGGAAACAGAGUUGUCACCUGCUGCAUGGAUAACAACAUAAGAGUAUUUGACACUUCUGCAAUGACCACUACAUCUCCCUUACUGUCAUCCAUCAGACAUGGCAUGCAAACACGACGCUGGCUGACUAAACUCUCAGCAGUGUGGGACCCCAAACAGGAGGACUGUUUUGUAAUUGGGAGCAUGUUAAGGCCAAGGAGAGUCCAGGUGUUCCAUGAAAGUGGCCAGCUUCAGCACUCCUUCACAGAUAAGGAGAACCUCAACACAGUGCUGUCUGUCACCGUUUUCCACCCCACAAGAAAUGCCUUAGUGGGCGGCAAUUCUUCAGGACGCCUGCAUGUCUUCUCCGACUAAGAUAUGAAACCAAAACCUACAUGAUGGAGGCCACUGUUUGUCUUUAAUGGGUCAGGAAGAUGCAGAUAUAAUACACUGAAAACUACAUGUUAGACGAGUGUUGUUAUAAUAUUCAAAGUAGGCGAAUGCACAGUUUCUGUUAUAAACUGUUAGGAUUUCUACCUUAGUACGCAGAGAAAAAUACAUUUAUUUCAAGACUGGGCUGAAAUUUUCUAAACAUAGGGCAGUCCAGCCAUGAUGCAUCUUUCAGCGGAAGUUGUCUCAGCCUCGGGAUGUGGUACAUCAUCUAUGGAAAAAAAAAAAAAACAUAUAUACGGAUAUAACCUUUUAUGUUUUGUUGCUGUGCAAAAGCAAUAUAAAGUUUUGGUUUAUAUGAUACCUUAGAAAUUAUGGGCAUUAAAUUCUUUAUUUCAGCAGAGCCGUCCAGAUCGUCACAAUUCUGAGACAUUUUUUGAAAAGUUCCUCUUGUGUCAGGAGAUUAACUUGUCAUCAACAAGUUACCUUAUUAUAAGAUGCCUUUAGAUACAGUUUGUUUAAGUUUGACUUAUUUAACGGAGCACAAUGUAUACAGCCUGUUAUAUUAUGUUUUUUAGACCUUUAUUUAGGACAGUGUGGGCUGAGGAUUGUCCCUUUUUUGGGGAGAAGAAAGUUUUUCUGUUUCAGUUCAAGGUUUCUAAACAGGUUUGGGAAAAUGGGACACAUGCUGAUGGUUGACAAUGUCUGAGCUCAGACUUUGUUAACUUUAAGUUUUUGAAUCUGCAUCUAAGCUUUCAUAUUAACUUCUUACAUUCCUGUCAUACAGAAUCGAAACCAGUUUGAUAGUUCCUGUUGUAAAAGUUUUUUUUAAUUUGUGUCUUCUAAAAAUCAAUAAAUAUUGAUAUUUUGA